GAAGAAGCCGGUACAGAAAAUCCACAAUGAAGAAGACAGUGGGCGGAGCUAACAGCUGGCCAACCGGGACUCUGGGAGGAAACGGACAGAAGGUCAGCAGCCUGGAUGGAGUGACCUUCUCAGAGGGGGAGUUACUGCUACAGGCUCUGAAUGGCUUUGUGCUAGUUAUAACAGCUGAUGGUUAUGUGUUCUAUGCCUCGCCUACCAUACAGGACUACCUAGGCUUUCAUCAGUCUGAUGUGGUGCACCAGAGUGUGUUUGAGCUGAUUCACACUGAUGACCGAGCUCUGUUCAGAAGACAGCUGCAUUUUGCCCUGAAACCCACACAGGGUGAACUCGCUGACGAUGCUGACGGCUUCCAGAAAAACAGUGACAUCACCACCACCACCGCAACCACCACCGCAACCACCACCAUCGUAAAUUAUAACCCUCAGCAGCUGCCACCAGAGAACUCAUCCUUCCUGGAGAGGAGCUUCUGCUGCCGCUUUCGCUGCCUCCUCGACAACUCGUCCGGCUUCCUGGCCCUAAACUUUCAUGGCCGACUGAAGUACCUUCAUGGUCAGAACAAGAUGGCAGAGGAUGGUACGAUGGCACAUCCUCAGCUGUCUCUGUUUGUCAUCGCUACCCCCCUCCAACCACCCUCCAUCUUGGAAAUUCGAAGCAAGACACUUCUCUUCCAGACCAAACACAAGCUGGACUUCACACCUAUGGGCAUCGACACCAGGGGGAAGGUGGUGCUGGGUUACAAUGAGAUCGAGCUGUGCAUGAGGGGUUCUGGUUACCAGUUCAUCCACGCCGCAGAUAUGAUGUACUGUGCAGACAACCACCUGAGAAUGAUUAAAACCGGCGAGAGCGGGUUCACAGUUUUCCGGCUCCUGACAAAAACAGGAACUUGGGUCUGGGUGCAGGCCAACGCCAGGCUUGUCUAUAAGGGCGGACGCCCGGACUUCAUCGUGGCACGACAGAGAGCUUUAACUAACGAAGAAGGCGAAGAGCAUCUCCGUCAGAGGAAGCUGCAGCUGCCCUUCAGCUUUGCCACCGGAGAAGCCGUACUAUAUGAGACGACCCCUUCGCCGGACAUGACCAACAUCUCGACCCAAAUCAAAGGGGGUAAGAUUAGUAAACCUGCCAUCCUGCCUCCAAGUUCACUCUUGAGCUCCAUGCUGAAGCAGGACGAAACCGUCUACCAGCCCAACAACGAUCCCACCUCGCAGUUCUGCCUGGAAAAGGCAUUCCGGGACAGCCACGCCCUUCUCAAUGUCCCUGGAAAGCCCUGGGCUGGGGCAGAAAGGGGCACAGUGGGCAUCAAGGAGGAAUCGACGGUGCAGGAAAUGAUGGGCAGCUUGCAGCAGAUCAUUGGGGACAGCAGCAUGUGCGGUAACCUGGAAGAACUAUCGAUCGACCGGGAGGAGCUAAAGGAAUGGGAGAAUGCACUGCUGCGAAUGAACAACUUGAGCACCAGCGAAUUGUCUGUGGAGAUUAAUGACAUCCUGACCAACGAUAUCUUCUCAUAUGUGGAGGACGUGUUGUUUAAGGAGUGCAGCAACAACAUGCAGGACCAGUUACCCGAGUGUCUGUCCGAGCUUCAGCUGCAGGGAGACCUUAACGACCUCUUGGGCAUUUCAGAGGGCCUUGAUACAGGUAGCCCAGGAAGAGGGAUAAUGAACCAUGCUCACAUCGGUCCAGAGAUGCCUUUGGGGCAGCAAGUAAAUCCUGGGGAACCGUAUGUGGAACUGUGCGAAAGUAUGAUUGUUGAUCCUUCACUUUCUGGGCAACAGAACCAGAGCAGCCAGAGUCACAUACAGAGCGGAAACCUGGGCUAUCCAGAAACUGUGACAUUGCCCAAAAUUCAGAACCAAGCUCAACACGUGGGCUUUCACAAUCAUAACUCCAUCCCGUUCGGUCAGGCGGUUCAGCCGAGGGGUCGGUGGGCAGGACCCCAGGCAGACAGAAGCGAGAAUUUUUUACUUUCACAAAACGUCAUGUCAAACCAUGUACCGAGUGCCUGCCUCAAGGGGCAGUUUCCUCUCAGCAACCAGAGCUCAGACAAUCAGAGGCUUGCAACAUGGCAGCCGUCUCUUCAACAGGUCCAGCCGACAUUACCAAAAGUUCCUGACAUUCCCAAAGCUCCCAGUGUUCAGAAUAUCCCAAAUGGUCAUCACCAUGUCCAACAGAUUCCACUCAAUAGGUUAAUGCUGCAGUCUAACUUUGGCUCAGGUGCCAAUCCUCAGCCGAAUACAGUUUAUGACCAGCAGGGGGAGCUAGUUCACCCAUCGAAUGCAGUUUAUGGACAGCAGGAGGCGAUGUCUACUGUGGUUUAUAACCACCAGGGAGAGCUGUUGAGCAGAGAGGCUCCUGCUCCGGUCAGCAGUUGCAUGUUUGAGAGACCAGUUCAGGCUCCUGUUAACGGCAUGUGCUACAGUGCAGCUGGACAAGAUGCAGCGAUUCCGUCCUGUCAGAAGACCAAAGCGUUCGUGGAUUCCGUGCAGGGCUCAUAUGUCUUUCAAAACCAGCCCGCGGAGACCAUAUAUAACAACGUGGGCGAGCCAUCGGACAGGGUCGUCGUUUGCCAUCUACACCAGCAGUUCCUCGGCUGUAAUAACCAGACACAGAUCACAAACUGUCCAGUCAAAGAGAACAAAUCAUUCCAGUUCACCCCCGUGAUGGGGGGGACGCCGUGCUUCACCAACACUGCCCAGAAUGACAGUUUUUAGAAAGGAAGAGUCCAGUGAGUGCAGCUAUCUAUUGAGAACGGAGAAAGGAAGUAGGGAUGGACGUGUGGAGAUCCGGGACGCACUUCUUCAUAUUCAGACUCGCAGCUGAAAUACAGAAAGGUGGACGGCUGGACUCGUUGUGCUAGUACCGCCAGACAGACUAUAUCCAAACCCUGCACGUCUGCUCACACAACGCUCCUCUGUUCAGUUUCAUUUGCUCGUUUGUUCACAUUCUGCUCCGAAAAGUUCAGAAGGACUUUUUUUGCUUUUGUGCAUUUCUUUGUGUUUGUUGUUGUUAAGAGUGUGUGUGUGUGUGUGUGUGUGUGUGUGUGUGUGUGUGUGUGUGGGGGUGGGGGUGGGGGUGGGUGGGGUGGGGGGUAGAGAGGAGCUGCUCAGAGCUCAGUUAUGAAGUAUGCAGUAGAAAAGAUGGAAACUUUUCUUUGCAGGGACGAUAUUCUGGGGGAAAAGCCAUUUUAAAGAGGCGCUAUUUAUUUAGAGUCAAAAAAGAAAAAAAGGGAAACGCCUCUUACUGCUCACGUGUUCCCAUUCGGGUUCCUCUUGAUGCACUUAAGAAGGUGAGAUCAACACCUGUAAAAAUGACAGAUUGUAAAAAAAAAAAAAAAAAAAGACAUCCAAAGACGUAGCACUAUGAUGGAAUUCAGAGAGAAUCGGCUGCAGCCGUGUCGCGUUAGGCGUCGACUAACUUGUAUAACUCCCACAAUGCUCUUGGUCUGUGUGGGGCUCCAAACUACUGCCUGACUGACCGCUAAAGCUGAAGCAUAAAUGUCUUUCCGGCUUUCUUUCCUGUUCUCUUUGGGGAAUGCCCCGCCCGCCCGAUCCCACCCCACCCCACAGCCUUCACACACUUCCCAAUGACACUAUGACCUCUGUUCUAAUCCGGGCAGAAGCGGUUUGCCCGACACAACGCACAGCUUCUCUCUCUAACAUCGAGGAAACUUACAGUAAAAACACAAAACCAGGCUUUUUAUUGCUGGCUGAAAUCUUCAUCACAGUAACGUAUUAUUGCAACAUGGUAAUCACGACUUAUAUCUAUACACAUUCAGCUUUUUUGUUUUAAAUAUGCUUUUUUAUAUAUAUAUAUAUAUAUAUUUCGUUAUGUCCCAUUUAAUCGUACUUUAUUGAGCCAUUUUUGUGUCUGCUAGUACUGAUAAUCAUGAGGAAACCUCCUUACUGGCUGCUCGCUCGCUGACCUCGGGUCAGUCUCAGUAGUUUAAGCAGUCGGCAUCUUUUCUCCGAGAGCCGGUGCGGCGUGAUACGAGUGAAAACACAUGUAUUACAGAGUGUUAACCCUUCAAACGCACAAAACUCGUGCCACAAACCGGCUCCACGUUCCUUUCUUUCUUUUUUCUUCCUUCGCUUUAUUCCGACGUCACGUUCCGAUCCAAGCCGACCGCGUGCUCACUAAAUCGACCAUGUGCCUUGUUCUCCUCUGACACCUUAGCCUUUCGAUAUGACUAUAUAUUAUUAUUAAUCAAGCAUUAUGUACAUUUUGAUAUUACCAGAUCUACCAGAUAUGAACGCUUUUGUACCUCAAUAUCAAGAAAAUAUGACUGAUUGCCGACACGGAGCGCUUUACUUCUCUUUUCAGCUAGUCACUAGUCCUGGACUUUUAUUUCCACAGCGGUUUUGUGUGAGGUGAUAAUUUAAUUGCUUCAGUUUGCAGGUCUUCACCUCAGUUCUGUUUUGCGAAAUGCAACAAACGAAUCCAGCUCAGUUUAGGUCUAAUUAUCCUGUAGGACUUCCCUGUUCUUCCAUCACGAGUGUAAAUUGGACGACUGAUCUCAGGUCAAACACAACAGAGUCACCGCAGAACCAAACGGAACCGUAGCUUUUACAGGCUGAGACUUUGUUUAGAUUUGGUGGCUGAUGGAGACAAGAAAAAAGUGUAACACACUAUAUCUUGAUUUGAGGGCACUUUAAACUUAAAUCCGAUCUAUUUUUAACAUAUUCACCCCUGAAGCGUGAUCGGAACAUUACGCACAAAAGGACUGAUUACAGAUUAGGUUUUCUUGCCGAAGACAUGACCUCGAAUCGAAUUUCUUCGUAAAGGACGUAGAGAUCGGGGUCUGGGAUUUCGAUCGGUAUGUAGUAUGAAGAUAGUCAGGUAGUGAAAUCAGACUGCAGAAAUUUGAGCUUUGAGAUGUUCCUGAAGAAAUGGUUUAGGAUAAAAAACACCAGAGACGUUAUGAAGAAAGAACUCACAGUUGGAAUUUGGGUAGAUUUGCAGGAAUGGUGUUGAGAUCCAGUAGACCCGAUGACCAGGUAUCACGAUCAGACAACCCUGCGAGUUUGGUAUGCAGAUCAGAUUGCCCUGUAGGAGUCGUAUCAAAUAUCUCAAAUGUCCUUGCACAAAAGUCAUCAGAGGGGUGAUAGACCUGCAGAUAGGGAGAUAGGGUAUCAGAGGGGUGAUAGACCUGCAGAUAGGGAAUCAGAGGGGUGAUAGACCUGCAGAUAGGGUAUCAGAGGGGUGAUAGAUCUACAGAUAGGGUAUCAGAUGGGUGAUAGACCUGCAGAUAGGGUAUCAGAGGGGUGAUAGACCUGCAGAGAUGCUGUCCAGGUCAGAUGCUUUGCACAUAUUGUAGACCAGAGACAGGAGCAGAUUACCUGGUAGACUAACUGGAAAGUUGGAUUCAUGUGUAGCCACAUGUAGAGUGGCCCCUCUGAGGUAGGGGACUAUUCUUUCAUGCGCACUUCCAUAUUUUUGAUUGCUGGACUUGCAUUUCCCCUCAGUGUUGUCCAGAGCCGUACAGUUCCAGGCCCAGCGCAUGCUUUUCACUCCGUUUCUUCCUUAUACAGGGUGUCUGAGUGCCUACAGAGAUUCUGCUCUGCUUUCCCUCUACCUUUCUCUGUUUUCUCUUUCUCUGGUAUAGAUUAAGGCAAUAAAAGAGGAGGUGAAGUUUUUAUACAACAUACAGGGUUCCUGAACAUCCAAAAAAAAAACCCAUCAGAUGCCUUAGAGAUAUUUCACAAAAAAAGGUUUUGAUAUUUAAGUUAAAAAUAUAUUGAUAAAGAAAUAAUUUGUCUAAGAAUCCACAUGAGUGAUGUGUAGAAAUGACUGAUGGCUAGGUGAAAUGAUCGACAGGUAAAAGGUGUGUUUUUGGGCUGGUUGUAAAUUAUUAUUAGCGACGCUGUGUCAUACAGCUCUUCUUACGUUGUACACCAAAACAACUAACGUGUUUAAUCUACAGGGUCCGGUGUAAAGUUUCUGUGUCCAUUGUGGAGUUUGUCCUUACAAAAGGACAGUUUUGGAUCUAAUCCAAAUUACAGCACUUAGAUAGCUAUCUAGGUUUCACACCUAACGUUUGUCAACGAUUAGCUUGCGCAGUGAUGUUUGAUAUUGUGUCUUAUUUCUUAUCAUUUCUUAUUUUAAUUUUCUUUUUCUUUUUUAAGAGAGAAAGUAGCUAACUUCCAAUCUGUCUGCGUUUAGCUAUUCCAGUCACGACGUCUCGGUGUAACACUAGCCAGACAGGUAUGUUUAAUACGUCCUCUGUGGAACUGUUACCUUGCUAGCUGCUUUUGUUUUUAAUGCAUGUGAUGGAAUUCAAUGAAAUUGCAGACCUGAUAUUUUUACCGUCAGAUUGCGAUGAUGCACUUGCUUCAACUCUGAUUUGUGAGAAACUGUAAAAAAAAAAAAAGAGAGAAAUAUUUUGAUCGUGACCUGAACAGCCCAAAAACAGCCUCGCCUUAAUCUCGUCGCAGAAGCCACCGAAAGAAAAAAAAAGCAAACUUUUCCUGUUAAACGAGUGAAAUAAUAAUUGAAGCACUUCUGAUGUUUCCCAGUGACGGCAUUCACCCGUCAGUAUCUGUCUAUGAUUUACAUUAUUAUUAUUCUGUUGUUGUCUUCGUCGCUCCUUUUUGUGCUCACAAAUAUAGUAUAUACAGUUUUUUUGUAAAUUUUCCCUGCACACCUUGUAAAUACUAUAUUUGUGCUCACAAAUAUAGUAUAUACAGUUUUUUUGUAAAUUUUCCCUGCACACCUUGUAAAAAUGUUUUAUGCCUUUGUUUCAUUGCCAAUAUUAUUGUAAUAUUUGGUUUUUGUUUUGUUUUGUAUUAGCAAAUGUUUUCUGUGUCUGCUUCAUCUGUCGAUAUUUACGUCUUUAUAUUAUUACAAGUGUUUAUUCUAAUGA